UGAAAUCAACGGUUGAUAACACGUACGGAAACAUACGAUCACUUUUGUUUGACCAGUCAGAGAGCAAAUGACGUAAACUGGAUUUAAAAACAUCAACAGCCGAUCAAGAACUACUUCAGCUCAAGGCUUUCUCUACCUGAAUGCUAACGGCAGCGUAUACGAAGCUGACCACAAAGAGAAGCCUCCACCUUUCGUGGUGCUGACGAAACAAAAAAAAAAAGAGAGAAGUCUAGUCUCACUGGUUCCAAUCGUUGAAAUAUAGGCAUCAACUUUGCCAGACUGAAAUAAAGAGAAAAACAUCAGCACCAUUGUUUUUGUUUAAAUCACAAAAAGCUUGGCAGUUAAACAGAAAAACAGCAGGUACCUGUGAAAUGACUGAGGACAAGAAAGAAACGCAGUCUUCAAGUCCUGGUAACGCAAAAUGUUUUCCUCCAAUGCGUUACAUGGUAGCCUCGAUGACCUUUCUGGGUUUUGCGAACAUCUAUGCUAUGCGAGUAAAUCUUAGCAUGGCUAUUGCUGUCAUGGUCGCAAAUCAGACGGUUAUACACCAUGGUAUGGAAGCUCAGGAGCCUGCAGAGUUUUCAUGGACCACAAAAGUUCAAGGGGUAAUUCUCAGUGCUUUUUACUACGGCUACUUGGUAACCCAGCUUCCAGGUGGUGUUUUAGCACGAAAGUUUGGCGGCGCCACGAUCCUCGGAUUGAGUGUUGGAACCAGUGGGGCUUUGACAAUGUUAACACCUCUUGCUGCGCGUGUGCAUGUGGGGGUGCUAAUUGCCUUACGGGUCGCAAUAGGGAUGGCAGAGGGAUUUGUGUAUCCGGCUGGACAUGCGCUAUGGAGCCAGUGGGCUCCUCCAUUAGAGAGGAGUACAUUAGCCACAUUCAACCCCGCUGGAGCAAGACUGGGUAUUAUUAUAUCAAUGUAUUUAUCAGGCUACCUCGCUUACAACAUCGGUUGGUCAUCCAUAUUCUACGUCUUUGGAACCAGUGGUGUGCUGUGGGCUGUCAUCUGGUUCGCUUUGGUCAGGAAUUCUCCGUCGAAGCAGCCAUGUAUUUCUGCCAAGGAGUUAGAGUAUAUAGAGAGUAGUCUGGGAAGUGAUUUACAUGCUAAGGACGUUCCAAUUCCUUGGAAGUCAAUAUUUACUUCUUUACCACUGUGGGCCAUUAUGUUGGCUCAUUUUACGCAGACCUGGGGUCUUUACACCAUGAUGUCAGAGCUACCUUUGUAUUUUAACCAGAGACUUCAUCUAGACCUUAAAAAGACAUCCGUGGCUUCAGCUUUGCCAUACAUUCUAGUUCUACUGGUUUUAAUAUCUGGAGGACGACUUGCUGAUUACCUUCGGAGACAUUUCUUGAGCACUGGAACAGUAAGAAAGAUCUUUAACACGUUAGGAUUUUUACCAAUGGUAAUUUUUCCAAUAGCAGCUGGUUACGUCAAAGAAGCAGACCAUACAACUGCUAUGGUGAUGAUGACGCUAGGAAUAGGCCUAAAUGGUUUUUCUGAGUCAGGAUUUUUGGUGAAUCCUCUGGACAUUGCACCAGCACUGGCCAGUGUACUGUUGGGUGUCACCAACACGGCGGCUACAGUGUCAGGAAUUAUCAGUCCCACCCUGUCGGGAUUCAUCGUGCAACAUCAUAGUGCCGAAGAAUGGAGAAUGAUUUUUUACAUAAACGGAAUAGUCUAUCUCAUUGGUGGAACAUUUUACUUGCUUUUCGCCUCCGGCGAGAAACAACCCUGGGCCAACGGAACCGACUGUGACAAGCUAUCUGACAAUGAGUUGACAGCGGAUGGUAUCUUAUCAAACGUGCGCGAGAGCUUCCUAAUCCAUGAAAGAGAGGAUGUGCUCAGUGGGGAACUGCAUCAAAAGGUUGUCAUGAAUUCACCAGCUAACACAAGUGAGGAAAAAAUGGUCCUUAAAGACAGAACAACUUAUGAUGAUCAACUCUUCACCUCAGAAGAAAGAGAAAAUUCUGGUCAAAAUUCAAAGACUAAAUGUAACUGUUCUCCAUUCUCAAAACGUUAUAUUAUAUCUGUACUGGCUCUCCUUGGAUUUGCAAAUGUCUAUGCCUUGCGAGUCAACUUAAGUGUAGCUCUGGUUGCCAUGGUGACAAAGACUUCAACUUUAAAUGAAGAAGGCAAAACAGUAAAGGAACCAGCAGAAUUUAGUUGGAGCUCAGGAACUCAAGGAAUUGUGCUGAGUUCAUUCUUUUAUGGCUACAUAAUUACCCAGCUCCCUGGUGGAUUUUUAGCUCUUAAAUGUGGUGGUAAAAACUUAUUUGGUCUUGGAAUCCUAUCCACUGCAGUCUUGACUCUGCUCACUCCAGUAGCAGCCAGGGCAAGUGUUGGGCUGUUGGUAGCGUUAAGGGUUCUGAUUGGACUGUGUGAGGGUGUUGUAUUUCCUGCAAAUCAUGCUGUCUGGACAAAGUGGGCUCCACCACUGGAGAGAAGCAAACUUGCCACAAUAGCUGUAUCAGGAGCUCACAUUGGCACAGUUGUUGCAAUGCCUUUAUCAGGUGUUUUAGCUCAACACCUUGGCUGGGCUUCAGUGUUCUAUGUUUUUGGCUGUAUGGGUAUUUUGUGGGCCAUUGUCUGGUUUUUAGUUGUGAAGAAUUCACCAGCAGAAGAUCCAAAUAUUUCAGAGGAAGAGAGAUUAUACAUUGAAACUUCACUUGCUAAUGAUGAUCAGAAGAAGGAUGUGAAAGUUCCUUGGAAGGCCAUAUUUACCUCCUUGCCUGUUUGGGCAAUAGUUGUGGCUCAUUUCAGCGAGAAUUGGGGAUUCUACACUCUAUUGACAGAGCUGCCCAGUUUUCUCAAACACAGACUUGACUUUGACCUUAGCAGGGCAGGAUUUGUGUCUGCUCUGCCCUACCUUGUCAUGGCAAUAACAAUUCAAACAGGCGGGCAGAUCGCAGAUUGCCUAAGAAGAAAAAAAAUAUUAAGUACAACAGUGGUACGGAAACUGUUUAAUUCAUUUGGUUUUGUUUGUCAAGGUAUCUGUAUCAUCAUUGCUGGUUACACUACCAACUGGUUGGUCGCUGUGAUUUGCUUAACACUUGCUGUAGGCGGAGGAGGAUUCGCAUUUAGUGGCUUCUAUGUCAAUCACUUAGACAUUGCUCCACCUUUUGCUGGUAUUUUGAUUGGCAUUACCAACACAGUGGCCACGCUGCCAGGAAUCAUUAGCCCUUUGUUGACUGGAACCAUUGUGCAGCAUCAGUCACAAGCAUCAGAGUGGAGGAUAGUGUUCUAUCUUGGGGGACUUAUCUACUUCAUUGGUGCCAUAUUUUACUGCAUCUUUUCUUCUGGUGACAAACAAAUUUGGGCAGGUGGAUACACUGAACUGACUCAAAUAGAUAAUGACGAUGACGAUAAUGAGGAACAAAUGGAGUCUAUAGAUAGUUAAUUUUUAAGUAAUGACAAGGUUGGAGUUGUAAUCAGCAACAAACGGCGGUAUGCAAUCAAGUCAAAAUCAAACUGACAGAAACAGAAGCAAAAUAGUGCUACCACUUUUGACUCUUUUUGGUUAUGGUCUGUACAGAAUAGAUUGCUGGAGUUGCAAGUACUUUAAGCCCAAGAACACACAUUGUCAUUGGUUGAUUUUCCCUCUGAUGUUAGAUACUAAAACCAGCAAGUUUUUACUAGAUCAUAAACCAAGACUUCAAAAGUGGAAUUAGAAAAAUUUUUCAGGUUUUGUCAGCUCUGUUUUCAACUCUGAUGUCUGAUUUUUGCUUGGUUGUAAGGGCUCUCAUGACUUUCAUGGCAUUUCAGUGACUAUGUUGCUUGUUAGAACCAGCCUCUGAGUAGUGGUAGAAUUUUGGAAAUAAGUACGACCUUAAGUUUGCUUUUAGAUGGAUGUGAAGUGUUAUUUAUAGCAUACACGAACAGCAAAAUCUACCUGUGCUUUUGUGCACUUUCCUGUUGUCCUUGAAAAGAUUCAGUAGAAAAAAUAAGAACCAAGGUCACUUUGCUAACAUGCUAACUUAAAUAAGGAGGCAAGUUUACUAAGGAGGUACCAGUUAUCAAGUCAAGCUGUCAACAAAUUGGUUGUUAACCAUGAGAGGUAGGGGAGGUGACCCUGAACCAAAUAGAAGUAUUUCCUUGUCAUAACUUAUGUGAAAAAUUAACAGGUUUUUGGACAAAAACAGUAGGGGGCAGACAGUGAAAGUUUGGUUCUUAACCUCUUUCAAUUUGUGGAAAUGUGCUUCAAGUCCCUCUGUAAAAAACCUUUUGAUUUUUAAUCUACAUGCAACAAAUUCUUAUAAACACACCAAACUUGAGCUAAAUUUGUUUUCAUGGCCUGUGAAGCCAACAUGUUCAGAAAAUUAUAAAGAUCCUUUCUUGGAUUGGAUGUCUAACUGUUACAGUAAACCAAGGUUAUUAUUUAUCUAUUUAUUGACUUAUAUUAUUGAAGCAAAAUGGAUAGAAUUUUAUUUUUAUGCAGUUGUUAUUAACUGUAUAUAUUGAGACAUUUAGCUGACUAAGAGGAGAAGUAUUUAGUGAAGUAUUUUUGAGUAAUGAAAACAAGUCUGUUAUUUUGACACAUCAUAUAUCUAAUUUAAAAUACACAGUACAUCACGAGAAAUAUAUUGAGAAGGUCUUAACCUUUUCAUUUCUCAUUAGUAAUUCUCCCAACUAACAGCCAUACAAUUCUUAUGAUAUGAAUUCUGAGAAUUUGUGAUUGGAUCAACUAAUAAUCCCCCAAUUGAUAUUUCCAUUCUCAUCACUUGUGUGCUUAAUAUUAUAAUUAUAUUUUUUAGGAGAAAUUCCAUCUUGGUCACUCAUGGGAUUAAAAGGGUUGGUAAUUGAAAGUAGGCCUCAAAAAUUUAAAUGCAAACCAGAAACAUUUAAUUAUUUAAGCAAAGGUAAUUCAUCAUGUUGUAGACUUGCAGCAUACAAUUACAUCCACAGUAGUUCCAUUCAUACCUUGCAUUUCACAGUAGUUGUAGUGUAAAUCAGUAGUUACUAGAAAUAAUCAGUGUACAGUGUGCUUUUAAUGACCACAGGGGCUAGAAAAAUGGGGCAGCUGUACUAAAGAGUGCAAUAAUAUCAUAUGAUUAUACAGUCUCAUACUUUGUUCAUCUAAUUUGUUUGGUAAGCUUAUUUAUUUAUUUUUUUUUACUCAAACUCUCUUUUAUACAGUAUUUAUUUCAUUUUUAUCACUUAAAAGUGCCCACCCUUAAAAGUGCACCUGCCUUAUAGGUAUGAAAAGUUUAAAAGAUGGCACCCAAAAUAAAAAAAGAAAACUUAAAAAAUAUGAAAAUUCUCUUUAUCUUUAAUUGACAUGGAAAGUAACAUUAUCCUCCAUGUUAAAAUCGACAAUAUAAAUGGAAGUAAUGGUGUACAAAAUAAAUAUAAAAUGCAGUGGGAUUUGCAGUCAAUUCCACUUUACAGAUAUAUGCAAGCCUAGAAUUGACAGGGAAUUGUAAGUUAAACUGUAAUGGCAGGGUGCUUGGAAGAAAUCCUUCUUAAGUGGCUUCUGACAGGGUGCUUUACAUUCUUCUCUCAAAGUUUCUUGUAAUUCUUUGUGAAAAACAAGAAGCAUUACGUUGAGUUUACAUCAAAAGUCAUAAGGGACAGCAUCCCUUCUAUUGUCACAAAUAAAUCAUGAGUGUAAACAAGAAUAUUUUAUUUUUCUCUCCUUGAGUUAUAAGUUAUGUAAAGAUCUACCAUCUAUAUCACUAUGUACUUAUCUUCUAACAGGAGACAUUAAAAAAACAAACAGCAACAAU